GUCACGUGAAUUGCGAACCAAAACAAAGAAGAGCAAGGUUCGCAGUUAGAGGACUUUUCCCGUAGCCUUGGCUGGGUGUUUGUGUGCAUUUAUCGUUCGAUUUUAAAACUAGCCCUCUGAAAGCCAACAAAGAAAUAUGGGUCGCAUAUUUCUUAAUCACCCCGGCGGAGUCACGUUGUAUUCUUGCGCGAACUGUGAUACUGCUUUGACGAACAGAUCGGAGUUGACAUCAAUGAGAUUCAAUGGAGCCACCGGAAGGGCAUUUUUGUUCAAGAAAGUGGUUAAUUUAACAUUCAGCAAUGUUCAAGAUAGAGUGAUGCUUACUGGAAGGCACAUGGUCAGGGAUGUCUUUUGUAAGAACUGUGACUCAAAACUUGGGUGGAUGUAUGAAUAUGCAACAGAGGAGAGCCAACAAUACAAGGAGGGACAAGUUAUUCUGGAGAGGGCUUUGGUGACUGAAAGUGAGGGAAUUGAAGAAAUUGGUGACUUUGAUAACUAGCAUUUUACUUUGUUAACUGUUCGGUUUCAAUGCUGAAAUUUGUUUUAUGUAAAAUAGUUAAGAUAAUACUUUGGCCAAAGCAGGAACCUGUCAGGAAUAAGAUAUUCUAUCUUUUAACUAUCUAGGAAUUAUAUUAUAAUACGAGGACAAGGGCAACUCUGAACCACUUGCUUCCAAUUUUAGGGUGUAUGGCUUUUAUGACAGUUACCUUCUAAAUUGCAGUAAUUAAAAGUUGCAAAUUUCCCAGUACAUAAAGUUGAUACUGAAUACUUAACAAUUAUUCACCGAAGGUGAGGUGAAUAUUGUCAAAUAAUCCCUGAGACAAAGUCGAGGG